AUGUGGUUAUCCCGAUCACUCAGGUCCCCAGCCAUUGCGCUGCUGGCUGGGUCUAUCCUCGUUCAAAAUGCCGUCGCCCAAGUCACAACGGAUUGCUUCCCCAUGAACAAGACCUGCCCGCCCGACCCCGCCUUGGGCAUGGAAUACAACUUCAACUUCAACCAAACCCCCAACGCCGAUAUCUGGGAGACCACGGUCGGCCCCGUCGAGUACGAUGUAAAUACCGGAGCAAAGUUUAGGAUUUCGAAGCAGGGCGACUCGCCCACCAUACGCUCAAAAUUCUACUUCUUCUGGGGGCGCGCCGAGAUUUGGCUGAAGGCUUCGAAAGGGACUGGCGUCAUCAGCUCUGUCAUGUUCUUGAGCGACAACCUCGACGAGAUCGACUGGGAGUUCUUUGGCGGCAACGAGACCUACGCCCAGAGCAACUACUUUGGAAAAGGCGUUCCGGACUUCCGCAACGCCGGCUUCCAUCCUGUCUCUGGCGGCGUUCAGGACGACUACCACAACUACACCACCGUCUGGACAAAAGACUAUCUGGAUUUCUACGUCGACGGCGCCAAGGUGCGCACCCUGCUGCCCAAAGAUGCAAACAACUCGUAUUACUAUCCCCAAACACCGAUGCGCGUAUCGAUCGGCAUCUGGGCCGGCGGCGACCCGAGACUCCCUGAAGGAACGCGGGAAUGGGCUGGAGGCACCACCGACUACGGGCAGGGACCGUUCGACAUGUUUGUCAAGAGCGCCCACAUCGCCGAUUAUAGCAGUGGGAAGGAAUACGUGUACGGCGACAAAAGCGGCUCGUGGGAGAGCAUCCAGGUGGUGUCGGGCAACUCAACCGUCAAGCAAGUGAUCACCGCCCCGCCCGAAAAGACCCUCGCCCAGAAAUGGGACGAACUGCCCAGCGGCGCCAAAAUCGCCAUCUACGCCAGCGCCGCCGGCCUCGGCGUCUUACUAGUCGCAUGGGGUCUAAUCUACUGCAUCCGCCAACGCCGCCGCGGAGCCCGUGAGGCCAAAGCCGCCGAAGCCCGCGCCGAGGCCGAGCGGCUCGAGCUCGAGCGCUUCAAAAAGGCCGGCGUCGACCCGGACAGCUUCGUCACCAACGCAAGCGAAUACCACGCCAAAGACAUGCGCGACGGCCAUUUCGGCGACAACGACAGCUACAGCAUCCCGCCCUCGCCCGUUGCCGAGGCAUCCCCACUGGGCGAGAAACAGUGGGAUUCAUCCUCUGCCGCCAUCGCUGCCAGCGCCACCGCCAUGCGAAGCCCCAUGCCCCUUCUCCAGCACGGACACGGUGCGGGAGCGCAGUCGCCUCGCGCCGCGUCACCCGGGAUGGGGACGCCGUACUCUGACAUGAGAUCACCGCCACCAGCUAGGCACGCGCAGUCACCAGCCCCGUCUGUGUCUGCGAUGAGCCCAUCGUCGCAGCGGAACUUUGCGCAGCAACCUCCACACCGCAGCUUCACUAGUCCGAAUCCCCAGAUGCGAGUCGCCUCGCCUGCGCCGUCGCAACGCGGUGGUUUUGAUGGCAACAACAGGUCGGCGAGCCCGGCCCAACUGGCGCAUCCACAGCCUCAGAGGAGUUUUACGGCCGGCGGGUACGGCGGCGGACAGCAGGGGGGGGAUUAUGGGCAUGCUGCUGGUGGCGGUGGUGGGCACGGUGGGAAUCAGGGUCAGGGCUACUGGGGCAACGGCGGCGGCUACCGGUGA